CGUUUGGCAAGCUCCAAGCGGGUAGGGUUUCAUUUCACCUCGUCGCCCCCAAUCCCCGCCGCCGCAGCCGUCGCCUCCCACCUCCCGCCUCCCUUCCCGCCGCAGCCCCGCCCCGCCCCGCCCGCGCCAUCUUCCGCCCACCGCAUCCUCCAGCCACAUCUGCCGAGCUCCUUCACCAGCAGGUCGCCGCUGCCGGACCCGUCCACCCCGUCUCGCCGCCGCCGGACCCGUCCACCCCGGUCCCCCGUCUCGCCGCCGUCCAGAUCGUCCUCGGCCUCCAGCUCGCCUCCGCUCAGUUUAGCUGGACUUACAAGCUUGGAAAAAGAAUGUUUAAGAAUACAUUCCAGUCCGGGUUUCUGUCGAUUCUCUACAGCCUUGGGACCAAGCCGUUGCAGAUAUGGGACAAGGAAGUUGUUGAUGGGCACAUUAAAAGACCCCAGGAUGAAGAUAUUAAGUCUAACGUACUUGAAAUUGUUGGAACAAAUGUGCAAUCAACAUACAUCACUUGCCCAGCUGACCCUGCUGCCACUCUUGGAAUUAAACUUCCAUUUCUUGCCCUUGUUGUGAAGAAUCUUAAAAAAUACUUCACAUUUGAGGUCCAAGUUUUGGAUGACAAGAAUGUUCGCCGACGAUUCCGAGCAUCAAAUUUUCAAUCCGUCACAAGGGUAAAGCCAUACAUCUGCACGAUGCCGUUGAAGCUUGAUGAUGGCUGGAACAACAUCCAGCUGAAUCUCACCGACCUGACAAAAAGAGCCUAUGGCACAAACUAUGUCGAGACGCUGCGAGUGCAAGUCCACGCAAACUGCCGGCUCCGCAGGGUCUACUUCGCCGACCGCCUCUACUCGGAGGAGGAGCUGCCGGCGGAGUUCAAGCUCUACCUUCCAAUUCAGAAAUCAUAGAGCUCAGACCAAGAUGGAUGGUUGGGAGUCAUGACCUCCCCAGGAGCCAAGGCGACUAUCGACGCAUGUCACCUCGACGUCCGUCAGCGUGUAAACUAUGCGUAAAGUAUCAGAAUGCUUAAUGGAUGUAUCUGGAUGUACGCUAAUUGUUGUAUGGAUAACCUGUGUAGAACUGUUGCUAAUUGAACCCCCUCCACUGCUGUAGCUGCC